GGAAGUCCACGUCCAAUCACUGGCAGUCGCAGAAGGUGCACUUCCAGCGGCGGAGAUUCUGGACGGAGGCGACGAGUGCCUGUAAAAAACAGUCAAUACCUCGAAGAAUAUCAACCAUGUCUGCUGCUUUCUACGUUUGCUUUCUCCUUUGGUUCAUCCAGACCAACACAGCCGGAGCACAGCUGCCCCCCCCACACAACUUGAACGUUAUCUCCAUGAACACCAACUACACCCUGAUCUGGGACUGGGACCAGGGCUCUGCAGAGAGUGGCGACGUCAACUUCACCACACACUAUGUGGCGAAGUUCAUGCUGAAGUCUAAGAAAAAGAGUCCGAACUGGAACACAGGGUGUGAGACGACGUCACGUAGGUCAUGUGACCUUACAAAUAAGAAUCUGUUCUACCUGGGCAUCUACGUGUUUCGUGUGCGAGCCAGUGUGAACGGGACUGACUCUGAUUGGGCCACGAAGGAUUUCUGCCCCGAUGAAGAGGCUGCUCUGGGUCCUCCAAGCAAAGUGGCUCUUUCUCCUGAAGGCAGAAACCUGGACAUUGUGAUCUCCGACCCUCUGUCCAGCACCAACCGCUCCAUGAGGGAGCAUCAUGAGGAUCUGUACUUCCAGAUCCAGUACUGGGAACGCCCUGCAGACGGUCAGGCCCUCAGAGGCCACUUUCUGAGCAGCAAGAAAAGAGUGGUGACGCUGUCCAACCUGCAGGCCUGGACCUGGUACUGUGUGAGUGUCCAGUCACGCUACGACUUCUACAACAAGAGCAGCAGCUUCACCCCCCCACAAUGCACGCAGACUGAAGGAACCGUCCCGUGGUGGGAAAUAGUUUUGUACUUCCUGCUCUCUCUGGUGAUCUGUUUCUUGGUCGUGCUGCUCUUCAUCUAUGGCUUCUUUUGGUGCUUCAAGAAACUGAAGGCGACGUUUUACCCCUCCGUCCAGCUGCCUACCCCCUUCCAGUAUCUCUAUGACUCCUCUGGUUCUGACAUUCCUCGCCUCCUCCCUGAGUCCGACUCGGAGCUGUUGUGUGAUAAAGUGACUGUCUGCCCAGCCCCCCCACUCCUUGAGAUCCACAGCCCACCCCCUGAGUUCCUGCCCGAGCCAACGGGCCUGGAGCCAGACAGCAGCGGCAAACACAGUCGCAGCAGCAGUGGCAGCGGAGACUCCGGCAUGUACUCCACCGGGGGGGGCAGCUCCAACCUGCGGCAGCAGCACUCCGGCCAGGACUCUCAGGGGCCCCUGGACUCGGAGCAGGUGAAGAUGCAGGACAUGGCUCCAGGGCUCAAGACACACCUCCUGGCUGCAGACGAGGGCAUCGUAGACAUGUGUGUGUGAUGAGGCACACACACAGACGCUUCUUUUUACAAAAGCAUUAAGCAGAGAUAUUCAGUAGGAUGGAGGUUUGUGGAAAUGUGCAGCGUGCCUUCUAAGACUAAGAAAACAAAAGAUGAGCGACAGACUCAGGAGGAAGGACGGUUUUUUCACUGUUGAUGUUCAGAUCUACCUACUUGUUAGCGCCAACCAGAAGUACUGCUCUGUGCUUAUUUUAAUAUUUGAUACAUUUCCUUUGUACAGCCUGUCUUCACCUUCAUGCUGUGAUUUGGUUUUCAAAUCAUGUUUAUAUCUAUUACUUUCCUAUCGCUUUUAUGACUUAACAUAAGUAGCUUAUAGGUGCUAAUAAGGUAGCAUUCAUUAUAAUAAGCAGAAAAGUGGAAGUAGGACACUUGUAUGGAGUCUUCUCACAAAAUAUGAUGACAUUAAUGUGAUGGAGAAAAUAAUAACAAAUAGCUGUAGAGUAAUGCUUAACAGCUCCACAGCUCCACUGGCAGUGCUGGUCCCUGCCAGUGAAGAAGAAGGCCUGCAGACAUGGCGUCGCAAACAGCUUCCUCUGGGGACAGACACUUGUGGAGUUUCUCCUCAUGAAACUUUUUUUUAAUGUGUGUUAAACAAAAGAAACAAUGAGUUGGGAAACAUAUUUCUGAUGUUUGUUUGUUUUUUAUUUCUUCAUACAAUCAGUAAAGUAAUUUAACCUGAUUUUAUACACAGAUAAAAGAUGAAUAACGACUCAUCUUAAAGUAACCUUUUCUUAUGUGUUUAUGUGAACUGUGUGAGGGAAGCUUGUAAUUAUAACUCAAGCUUUGGAAUCCAUGUAUGAUUCUUAUAGAAUCUUUGUACUAUACUCGUUUAAUUUGUUCAUAUUUAAUUUGUAUCAAAUCUUUUUUUUUUCUCAUUGGAGCUUUCCGCCUCUGUUCACCCAUUUGUUUUUAAGUCUUAAGGAAGAGAACACAUCCAGACAGUCCGUGUAUGUUUUCCAUUACAUGUGUAUCUCUGUCCACAAAGACAGAAAGAAGCAAACAAGUUGUAAAUGUUGUGUACAGUUUAUUAAACAAGUUCCAUAACUUUGAUUUGCUUUAGGACAACACAUUUUCCUGGAUCUGCAGUGCUACAGUAAGAUGUACUGGUGACAUUCAUAGGCAGCAAGUGUUGUAAGGAAACAAAACAAGCUUCCUUGACUUCCAGUUUCGAAAAACAGCCUUGCCAUUUCAUUUCCCGGUGCUUGACACAGUGUGACUUCAUACCUUCUUGCAAUUUCCAAUCUGCAUUACUUCAUCAUCUUGCCCCUUGCUGUCUGUUGUAACCUGAAAUUGUAUGCAAGUAUAAUGUUCGUUAGUUAAGAAAGUGGUGAUGUUAGUGUACGUCUCGUCCACCAUCCAAACUCUAUAGCCCUGUGUUAAUGGACAAUCAUGAAAAUGAAAUAAAUCCGCUCCAAUACCAAA